GGAGAGCAGGGUGAUGUGAAUGGGGAAGCGGAGCCUCGGGAGGCAGAGGUCAGCUUCCGGGCUAGCCUGGGAUGGGCCUGCCACGUGGCUAACUCCUUAAGGAUUUCCCAGGCAGGAGGCAGGAUAAUGCCGAGCACAAUUGUAACCAGAUAUCCGGUGUGCUUGUGAGGAAGAGGGUUGCUUCCCUCGUGGUUGAGAGCCUGGAGCCAGGAGGCCGCUGGGAAGCCUGAUCAUCUCUCUGUCCCUGCCUCUGAGAACAUCUCAGUUUUUCCUUCUCUUCUUGAACUUUAUCCAGGCUUUGUCCCUCCUUUCAAGGUCCCUGGGCCUGGGCAGUGGGCCAUUUCUCACCCCCCUCUGCACCUAGGUUUAAACAUUAGUGAGAAGCUAUCAGCUCAGGCCCAGGGGAGGAGCUGAGUUACACUUGGGCCAGCUUCUCCCCCCUUCGCCAGAGCCCCCUGGUUCCUGGCCCUGUGUGCCUUGGAAAAUGCCUGUGGAAGAGUUUGUGGCUGGCUGGAUCUCUGAGCCACAGCUGUUGGGACAGCAGGAAAAGGUGGCUGCUUUUCCAACUCUGAACUACGUUCAUCGUGGCAUAGAUCGGCUCUCCCCAGUACCUUGAUCAGGAAUUCCAUGAAGAAGAAAUCCUAGCUGGGGAGGGGUCAGGCAAACCCAAGGUGCUAGAGUCAGAGGCAGCCGAGUGAGAGCACCCAGGAGUGAAUUUGUCCUCCCUGGGCUGCAGAAGGGGGGAGAUGCACCUCGUUCUUCACGAGGAGGAAGGAGCAGGAGCUGCGGGCUUGAUACUGGGACACCCCCUAGACACAGUGAAGGUGCGGCUGCAGACCCAGAACGUGUAUCGGGGCAUUGUGGACUGUGUGAUCAAAACCUACCAACGGGAGUCUGUCCUGGGCUUCUUUAAGGGGAUGAGUUUCCCCAUCUGCAGUGUAGCCGUGGUCAACUCUGUCCUCUUUGGAACCUACAGCAACUCCCUGCUCCUGCUUAGCUCCACAUCCCACCAAGACCGAAAGGCCCAGCCCCCCAACUAUGGCCACAUCUUUGUGGCUGGCAGCAUCGCAGGGUUUGUGCAGGCCUAUUGCUUGGCUCCUUUUGACCUCAUCAAAGUUCGACUGCAGAACCAAACAGAGCCCCGGGCCCGGCCGGGAGUGGCCCCAUCCCACUACAGGGGUCCCCUGCACUGUGCCAGGACCAUCCUCCGGGAGGAGGGGCCCCGGGGCUUGUUUCGGGGAGCUUGGGCUCUGGUGCUGAGGGAUACACCCUCUCUGGGCCUCUAUUUUCUCACCUAUGAGGGUCUCAGUUGGUGGCUAACUUCAGAUGGUAAGGAACGUGGCUCAGCUACAAUGCUGGUGGCUGGGGGCUUUGCAGGGAUAAUAUCCUGGGUCGUAGCCACUCCUUUAGAUGUGGUCAAAGCACGGAUGCAAAUGGAUGGGCUUAAGCAGCAAGAAUACCGGGGGCUGCUAGAUUGCAUGGUGAGCAGUGCCCGGCAAGAAGGGCCAGGUGUCUUCUUCAGGGGAUUGACCCUCAACAGCGCCCGGGCCUUUCCUGUCAAUGCUGUGACCUUCUUCAGCUACGAGCAUCUCCUCCGGUUCCUGAGCUGAGCCUCUUGGGUAGUGUCAGCUGCUCCCCCAGCAAGUUCUAACUCUGAGAGACUGAAUCCCAAUUUGGUACCCAAAAUCUGGUGUCAGUAGUGGAAGAAGGUGGUCAGCCAAUCUGCCUUCACUCCCUAAACUGGGCAAAAUGACUUGUUCCUUGGGUGGCAGGAGUUGGGUUCCAACUGGCUUGGAUAGAAGUGACCCACCAAGAAUGGGAUGAAGGGGAACACAGACAUGCAUAAAGGACGAACAACAGACA